GUGGGGUGGAUGCCAGAGCAUAAAAACUCGGAGACAAGCUUUCCGGACUGCAUUCUGAGUGCGAGACAACUAACCACCGCUAAUGGAAAUACAGAGAAAUAUCGGGCCCCAACAGACAAACAGCAGCAGCAUGUGUGAAUCGACACAGAGGUCGAGCGAACCUCGUCGAAAACGAAUGGAUGAGCGCAGUGCGCCCUCAGAGAUGGCCAGGAUAAUCACUGACCCUGCCACUGGGAAGUGCUACUGCCGUGGAAAAGUUUUGGGAAAGGGAGGGUUUGCGAAAUGCUACGAGAUGACCGACCUCUCCACCAGCAAAGUUUACGCAGCCAAAAUCAUCCCGCAUGCACGCGUCUCCAAACCUCACCAACGAGAGAAGAUUGACAGAGAAAUUGAGCUGCACCGAGCACUGCACCACAAACACAUUGUGCACUUUUAUCAUCAUUUCGAGGACAAGGAGAACAUCUACAUCCUGUUGGAAUACUGCAGUAGAAAAUCGUUAGCCCACAUCCUGAAGGCUCGCAAAGUUUUGACUGAGCCAGAGGUGCGUUAUUAUCUAAGACAGAUUGUAUCUGGGCUGAAGUACCUGCAUGAACAAGAGAUUCUUCACAGAGACCUGAAACUUGGUAACUUCUUUGUGAAUGAGUCGAUGGAGCUGAAGGUUGGGGACUUUGGUCUGGCUGCCAAGUUGGAGCCUGCGGGAAACAGGAGGAAGACGAUCUGUGGAACUCCCAACUACCUGUCCCCUGAGGUGCUCAACAAGCAGGGCCACGGCUGUGAAUCAGACAUCUGGGCCCUAGGCUGUGUAAUGUACACCAUGCUGUUGGGCAGGCCCCCAUUUGAAACCACCAACCUGAAGGAGACAUACAGGUGUAUUAGAGAGGCACGCUAUUCCCUGCCCUCCUCCCUGUCGCCACAGGCUAAGCAGCUAAUCACCAGUUUGCUAGCCAAGAUCCCAGAGGACAGACCUAACCUGGACCACAUUCUGAGGCAUGAUUUCUUCACACAGGGCUUCAGUCCAGAGCGUCUGUCAGCUAGCUGUUGCCAUUCAGCACCAGAUUUCCAUGUCUCUAGUCCAGCCAAGAGCUUUUUCAAGAAAGCUGCUGCUGCGCUCUUUGGUGGGAAGAGAGACAAGGUCAAAUACUACGAGACUCUGAAUAAGUUAACUAAAGAGGAAGAGGAGAUCUACAAACUUAAGCAUGACCUGGAGAGAACUGUCAUCAGCCAACAACAGAGCAAAACGAUUUCUGAGAAUGGAAGUCCACUUCCGCCAUCUGCUGAGAGCCCCGGUGGCCCUGCAACGGAGAGUCAGUCCCCGACAACGCGAGAUACCAUCCGCCUGAUCGUCAGGGGGAGUCUGGGGAGCUGCAGCAGCAGCAGUGAAUGCCUGGAAGACAGCACGACGGGGAGCGUGGCUGAGACUGUUGCAAGCGUGUUGAGGGGAUGUCUGGAGAACAUGCCUAAAGCCGACGACAUUCCUCAGGGCUCAAACAGCUGCAGUCUUCAAUGGGUGACUAAAUGGGUGGACUACUCCAACAAGUACGGCUUUGGCUACCAGUUGUCUGAUCACACUGUGGGAGUUCUCUUCAACAACGGCACUCACAUGAGCCUCCUGCCAGACCGAAAGAACAUCCAUUACUAUGCAGAGUUGGGCCAGCGCUCUGUCUUCCCCACUUGCGAGGUUCCUGAACACUUUGUGAGCCAGGUGACUGUCCUCAAGUACUUUUCCCACUACAUGGAGGAGAACCUGAUGGAUGGUGGGGACCUGGGUAGUAUGACGGAUUCACACAUGCCCAGACUCUACCUGCUGCAGUGGCUCAAGUCCGACCGCGCCCUCAUGAUGCUCUUUAACGAUGGCACUUUCCAGAUCAACUUUUAUCACGACCACACCAAGAUUAUCCUGUGUUGCCAGAGGGAUGAGUACAUGCUGACCUACAUCAAUGAGGACCGCGUCUCCAAAACCUUCAAACUCAGCUCCCUGUUGACGUCUGGAUGUCCCACUGACCUGCGUGAACGUAUGGUGUACUCCCUCAACAUGCUUCUGCAGAGAUGCAGCUAAUCCAAUAUGUGUUUUGGAUGGUGUUACACAGCCAAAUCUACACAUUGUGCUGCUGCAGUGCUGCAGUGGAACCAGGAUUCGAAAGGAAUCUGUGUGAUAAGGACAAGUUUGAGGAUGGAUCUGUGAAAAGUUAAUGAACAUUCCUUCACUGUUGCACCUUCAUGACUCAGCAGAGGUGCAGGUGAAAAAAUAACACGGACAGACUCUGUGGAUGGGGGAAUGAAAUGUAGCACAAUGAAAGUUACGAUGGUAAAGGGCUGAUUUGUAUGUUGAUUGUUGGAGGAAAGGAAAGACUGAGCAUGUUGGAAUGAGUAUGUUGGUACGAAUGUGAACCUCAGUGGUUUGGGGGGGGCGUGAAAGAGGGAUGUUUGGGAAGUAAAGACAUACGCUGGGCUGGCACCAGUUUAAAUGUGUAUAGUACAGUUGAUGCUGUUUUAUAGAAUCCAUACACUGAUGCUCUGAAUGUAACCAGAGCUAGACUGUGGAAAAUUGUAAAUUAUGUACAGUGUUUGUCACAGCCAACUUAGCAGUGGAGACAAAUGAUUGGAUGCUACAAAGUUUGGCUGUUUAUAUGUGUGUGUGUGUGUGUGUGUGUGUGAGAGAGUGUGAGCAUGAGUGGGAGGGGUGUAACAUCACACUCACUUCUAAAACUGUGAUUUGUUCUCUUUGAUGACGGAUGGACUCAGCACAUUGAGCUGGGAACCAGAGGGGUGAUGUGAGGUGGAAGAGUGACGGGGAGAGAAUUACAUA